AUGAACUUGGAAUUUCUCAUUCCUCUGCUCUCGUUAGUCUUGUGUGAGGUAGCGGAGGGCGAUACAUCUGCAACCAACGGCACAUCUGCCAGUUCACUAGGAGAUCUUGCCUUUGCAACUCCUGAGUAUGCAGCAUCAGGAAGUUCCACAGCAUUCAACAUCGCCUACGCUCUGGGGCUGCUGGUGGCUAUAGCACUCAUCAACACCCCCAGAAAGUCACUGGAGCAGUUCCAAUACUGCGCCACGUCCGUCGUGGGUACAUACUUCAGUGUCUCGCAUGUUCUGCAGUCCACAGGGCUUAUGUUCGGCAUGCACAUGCUUCUGGCAUUGCUGGUCGGGAUCGUUGCUGCAGCCAUGUCCUACAACGGGGAACUUAGAAGUCUAGUCUUCUCCCUAAUCUCUGCCUACGGAACAACAUACUUCAUUGUGCUGAUCACAAGGAUGAAGUCGAUUCUCUAUGCAGGGGUCCUGGGGGUUGUUCUCUUUUUUGUAUAUCUUGUUCUUGGGAGAAUGAGGGAGGACAGUAGGCUCCUGGUUGCAACUUCAAAGGCAUUUGUGACCAGUCUCGGGCUUGCCGCAUUUGUGAACGUCUGGGGCGUCUUCGACAUGUUCGGAGGAAUGCACGGGACGAAUGCAACAGAAGGGCUGUUCUCUGGAUUCAUGGUUGGGGGCAUCCUCAUUCUUGUGACCUUCACCAUUGUCUUCGUGGUGAACUAUUUCCAGGAGUGGACCUCGGAAAAGCUGAACAUUAAGGAGUAG